CCUGCGAGGUCCAUGGCUAUGGAAGCUCCAGGAGGAAUUGUUGGUGUUGGAGGAGGAGGUGCAUGUGUGAGUUUGUGUUGCUGAAACUUAUGUAAUUGCGGAUCGAUCUCGAGCGUACGGUUGGUAGGGUUGGAAGAAAAAGAUGAAGGGACUGGAACUGGGAGUGGAUCAUGAGCGACGCAUUUCUCGGGCGCAGCAGCUGCUUCUCAAUGCUGCGGGGAGUUUGCACUCCACCGCGUUUGUUAAUGUGGGUGAUGUGAUCCCCGUCGACCACGAGGCUGGUUUCCUGAGAGGUCACGGGACUCAGCCCGUGAACGAACAGCUUCUUGCAACUGUGUGUGGGGUUGUGGAGCGGGUUAACAGGCUGGUGUCGGUGCGCCCCCUGCGAGCCAGAUACAAUGCAGAGACUGGGGACGUGGUGGUUGGACGUGUAACCGAGGUCGGUGGCAAUAGAUGGAAAGUGGACGUGAACUCAAGAAAGGAUGCAGAAUUACUUUUAGCUGCUGUCAAUUUACCCGGUGGUAUCCAGAGAAGGCGCACCGCCAUUGAUGAAUUAAAUAUGCGCGAUUUGUAUGUAGAAAAUGACCUCAUCAGUGCUGAAGUACAGAGUUUGCAUCAAGACGGGUCCCUCCACUUGCACACACGAAGCCUCAAGUAUGGCAAGCUAGGGAAUGGGCAGUUGGUGAAGGUGGCACCCUAUUUGAUCAAACGACUCAAACAACAUUUCCAUCAACUCAAGGAUCUCGGUGUGGAUCUCAUUUUGGGCUGUAAUGGAUUCAUUUGGAUAGCUGGUACUUCUGCGCCUGGACAAAAAGACAAUAAGCGUUCUGGGUCAGUUGUCACAUCAGCUUCUGCUGCAGAGGGUGAAAGUGCUGUGCAGUUCGAAGUAAGAGAAAGAAUUUGCAGGCUUGCAAACUCAGUUCGUGUCUUAGGAGCUCUGGGUCUGCUGGUGUCUCCAGAAUCUAUUAUUCAGACUUACGAGGCAAGCCUACAAUUCAAAGUAAAAGUGAAAGAUAUGCUGUCAGCUGAUUUUUAUGUUAAGCUGGCAGAAAAGAUAGCAGAGCAGAGAACUAAGAGGUAGAUUUAUCGUCGUCCGCCACAGCAUGUGAUUAAAUUAAAUCAUGUUCAACAAAUGUUAACUUGGUUUGAUAAUGCCGUCACUUCUCAUAACCAUGUUGCAUCAAUUAAAUUUUAUCUAAAGUUAACAGUAA